AUGUUGAAACCUUGCAUUCGAAGUGCUACAAUGGCGUGUAAACUCUUGACAUCCCGCGGGCUAAGUGCUCUCUGUAAUGGGCAAAUUACUUUGAGGAAGAUCCAGAAUCCCUUGGGUCUUGCUCCGGCAAAAAUCAGCAAAACGCAGGAACGUGGUGCCGCUCAAUGGCAUCCAACGUUGGAAUACUGCAAGUCGUUGCACAAGCCAUUGUUGCUUCCACCAGAAUACGAUGAGCAGAUCGCUAAUUACCCAAUGCCUCCUUGGAACAACAUUUCCGAAGUACCCGUGUUCAAAAAUGUUCGAAACUGUGCAAUAAAUUUUGGCCCGCAACAUCCUGCUGCCCACGGUGUGCUUCGUAUGGUGAUGGAAUUGGAUGGCGAGUCUGUUGUUCGUCUUGACCCCCACAUCGGGCUUCUUCACCGAGCAACUGAGAAGUUGAUGGAGUACAAAACCUACAUGCAAGGACUGCCGUACAUGGAUCGUUUGGACUAUGUUUCAAUGAUGGUCAAUGAGCAGUUGAUGAUGGCGGAGAUCACCCGAGUCAUGAAUCACAUCAUGGGCUUGACAACACACGCGUUGGACAUCGGUGCCUUAACGCCGUUCUUCUGGUUGUUCGAGGAGAGAGAAAAAAUGAUGGAGAUUUACGAACGGGCUUCUGGGGCUCGGAUGCACGCGGCUUAUGUGAGACCCGGUGGCGUUGCUCAAGAUUUACCUCUCGGACUGCUUGACGAUAUCUACGAAAUCUUCAGCAAGUUCAACGAAAGAACAGACGAAUUGGAAGACUUACUUACGAAUAAUCCUAUCUGGAAGCAGAGAACCGCGGACAUUGGUGUUGUUUCUGCGGAAGAUGCCUUGAACUGGGGUUUUAGUGGUGUUAUGCUGCGAGGCUCCGGAAUCAAGUGGGAUUUGAGAAAAACGCAACCUUACGAUGAUUAUCAAGAUUUUGACUUUGAUAUCCCGAUCGGCGUGAAGGGAGAUUGUUACGACAGAUAUCUUUGCCGUGUUGAGGAAAUGCGACAGUCGAUACGUAUUAUUGACCAGUGCAUCAACAGAAUGCCCGAAGGCGAAGUUCGCACAGACGACAAUAAGAUCACUCCUCCGAAACGAUCCGAAAUGAAGGAAUCAAUGGAGUCUUUGAUUCAUCAUUUCAAACUAUUUACGGAGGGCUUUCAAGUUCCACCCGGUGCAACGUAUACAGCGGUUGAGGCUCCGAAGGGGGAAUUCGGUAUUUAUUUGGUUUCAGACGGGUCAUCAAAGCCUUACCGAUGCAAAAUCAAGGCCCCCGGGUUUGCUCACCUCGCUGCGAUUGAUCAGAUUGGCCGCAACCACAUGCUGGCUGACAUCGUGGCGAUUAUUGGAAUGAAAUCACGUGAGCUAAUCGUGAACUCUGUCCUUCAGUUCACGAUGAAGACGUUCAUUGUUCUGUUCGUCGUUUUUGGUGUGGCGUGGAGUGACUACAUAGUUGAUGAAAGGAAGAAACAAGAUGUUUGUAAUGCGGAAUGCAUGAAAGAACGUCCAGCUGAUGACCAUCCGGUCUACUUACAAUCCUGCGAGAGAGGAUGCCGCUUCUUCAGUCUCGUUCAAGUUUCCCUGGGGGAGAAGAAUGCGGAGAAGUCCGCGGACAUCACGGGCUGCUCGCGUGCCUGCACUGAUGCGUACAAGAACGACAAAGAUGCCGCCGUAAUGGAUCAUUGUGUUACGGGAUGCAAGUACGGACUUGCGUUACAUUCCGGGAAAGAAGCACAGUUGCAGAAAGAAUUGAAAUUCAUUCAGCCCUCCUUCAAUGACAUGUUUUCCGAUUUGGAACGCCUGGGACUCUUCGAAAAUUCGCCAUUCUCACACAUGUUCAGAAUGAUGAAAGCUGCUGCGGAACGCAUGAACCAAUUGGCGGCACUUUCUAUGUCAGUUGUCGUGUCGGAAGAGCAGCGAGCUAACGCUUUCGAGCAACCAAGCGUUGUGAUUGUUCGAACUUCUCACAGUGGGGUUCUCCCCAAUGGAAUGGAAGAUAUCUUCGAAGAACUGCAGGGCUCCAACACUCGCUUCAUGGACAAUGAUCCAUUCCCGAGGAUCAAGACUGCGACGGCUGUCGUUCAGGAAGUCCCCAAGAGUUCGGACUGGCUAGAAUGUGUUUCGAGGAAAGCCGGAAUCCCGCGUUGGUUGCUCCUCACGUCCAUUUUCUUGUGCUCGCUCAUGUUCGUGUGGCUCUGUUUUGCUGCCACUGGACCAAGCCAUGAACAUCAUCGCGUGUGCGCCGUUUCUCAGUCGCCACCUGCUUAUUCGUGCAAACAGCCAUGGAGUGACAUUCCCUACGUUUGCCCUACUUAUGAGAAAACCAUGCUGGCUUUGACGACUGAGAAGAGCGAUGACAAGCCUCUUUUGAUUGAAGAGGAGGAAGCCGAAGCGUUGCCUGCGAAAAUUCACCUCGAGAAAGUUUGAACAGAUUUUGAAAAGAAAAGAUUUGAAUUCAACACAAAGGAAGAAGGGGGUUGAUGAAAUAUUCGAAUAUCGUGGGUGCAGAUGGUCAUCGUCAAUUCAAAAGCACACAAUUUUUAGGGGCAUCCUUCCUUGUGCUGAGCGGUGAUUUCCUUAUUGCAGUGGUAAAUUCUUCGCACGGAAGGUCUGUUACGUUUUCUUGCACUUGAUUUAGAGAGCUUAUCGGUUGACGGUGGACGAGCUAGACGUCUUGCAUAUUAUGUUGAGUUUUGAUUCAUUCCACGCUUUGUGUGAUUAUGUCGUUCGGAAACGAAUUUUCGGCGUCUUCGUGAUUUAUCCAUCAUUACUUGAUGUCGCACGGAUUCGGGUCUAGCUUUAAGUUUUAGUUCGGCAUUCAAAUUGUGCGGUGUAUUCUUCGACUCUUUUCGGAAAGCUGCGGAGAUGAGUGUGAAAACGUAGCUAGUAAUUUGUUGGAUGUGGAAAUUUCUGAGAACCUACAGCCGAGAAAAUCGAAGUUGAGCCGCUUGUCCGUCAUUUUUUGACAUAAUUGUACUGUACUCGAUCUUUGCUUGCUUAUUCCUGAGCAACUGCGCUUUGUUCGUAUUCCAUUGUUACGGCAUCAUCUUUCCUAAACUCCAAGUUUUCGGAACAAAGUGAUCUUGCAUUAAGAGAAUUUGAUGUCAAAAUACUGAAUUUUUUUACCUCGCAGUUUGAUAGGCUGUAGUCAUUUUCAGUGUGAUCCACGAUUCCCAUGCAAAAGGAUAUGAUUUGGGAAUUCUGCAUCCAUUUGUUUCCCUUAGGAUGGUGUGAAAAAAAUUUGUCCGGGAUCUGCUCUACGACGAAUAAAUGCGUGUAGCAAUCUGGUGA